CCAUGCAGGCUCCCCCAAUACACCAAGAGUAUAAUAGUAGUCACCUAUAGCUUGUGCUAAGGACAGUAUAGUGGCAGAUAGAGGUAAUGAGAGUAUUUUAACACAAUUAGUAUUCAUAGAAGUGGUAAUAAAUAGCAGCAGAGGCAGUCGCACAGUGUAGAAGAAUGAGUUGUAUCACUGGAAAUAGCGGGAAUCCCUGCAAGAUACACUGUAGUAUAGUAUGGGCGCCCCAUAGUGUAGCAGUUCGGUUGAAGGGGGGCCUCAGAAUAACAGAAGUACUUUGGGGUAAUAUUAGAAUAGUUGAAGAAGAAAAGAAGCAAAGGUUCUGUAGAAAGCAGUGGGAGUUUGCAGUUGGUAAAUAGUAUACCAUGCUGUGGAAAAGCAGCAAAAGCACGAAUUAAACACGUGUGUGUCACAUGACGUAACAGGUUUUAACAUGCUGGACCAAGGCAGAGAUUACGAACUGGAGGAAAGACCUCUUCGAAAGGGGAAGAGAAACAUCCGGGAAGUUGCAGUGUUUGACAGUUUUGUCAUACAGGCAGAAAGUCAGCUAAGGGUCUGGGAACAUCUUUAGGACUGAGGGAGAAACUGUUGGGGAGUCAAAUCUGCUGGUGGGAGGAACCGACUCUGCCUGCGGGGGAAAAGGGCUGUGAAAGGUUUCCUAGUUUUUAGAAAACAUCCGAAGGUCGAGGACACUAUGUGGGUGCUGGCUCUACAUUUGGCUUUCAUUGGUUUAUACCUACAGGUAUCCACCUGUUACCCAUCAUGCACUUUGUCUGGCCUUGUAGCUUCUUGUGCCCAAAAGAACCAUUAUUGGGUUCCCGACUUGCCUCCCAACAUCACCCACCUCUACCUGGAGAUGAACUACAUCAGUGAGAUCAACAGCAGCUCACUCAAAGCCUAUGACCAGCUGCAAGAAUUAGACCUUGGACAGCAAAACGUGCAGCUCACCAUCAGGAACAACGCUUUCCUCAGGCAGAGAAGUUUGACAAGGUUGGUCCUAGGACACAACAUCGACCUCAAGCUUGAGCCAAGGGCAUUUGCUGGACUAUUCAAGUUACAAACCCUGUUUUUGGACUACUGCACUUUGACAGACUCCAUACUGUCGGAGAGCUUUCUGCAGCCCCUUUUAUCCUUAACAACACUUGAUCUCUUUGGGAAUAAAAUAGUAAGACUGCGACCUGGGCUGUUCUUUUCAAGACUCACAAAGUUCACGCAGCUAAACCUCAAAUUGAAUCAGAUUGAAAGAUUAUGUGAAGAUGAUCUGGUUGGUUUCCAGGGGAAAUACUUCAAUUUCCUGAACUUGGUCUCCAAUCACUUAUACCAACAGCCCAAUGAAGGUUUCGACUGGGAAAAAUGUGGGAACCCUUUUAGAGGGAUGGCCUUUAAUAAGCUAGACUUAUCCUACAAUGGGUUUAACAUAAAUGCAUCGAGACAAUUUUUCAAAGCAAUAACGGGGACUCAAAUUAAUCAUUUUAUAUUCUCUGGAUUUAUAGGUAAAGGUUUCUCACAUGAUAACAUUCCUGACCCGGAUGUAGGCACAUUCGAAGGCCUUAUGUACAGCGCUAUUGAGACUUUGGAUCUUUCUAAAAACAAAAUACUUUCCUUACAGAGAGCUGUUUUUAGUCCUUUAAAAGAUGCAAUCAUUAUUGACAUUUCACAAAAUAAAAUCAAUAAGAUCAUCAGAAAUGCCUUCAAUGGUCUUCAAGAUCACUUGCAAAUGCUCAACCUUUCGUAUAACCUCUUAGGAGAGAUUUUUUCUGACACAUUCCUCAGUCUGACUGACCUGAGGGUGUUGGAUUUGUCUUACAACCACAUUGGCGCAUUGGGAGACAAAGCAUUCAGUGGUCUUCCCAAUUUGCGAGCUUUGUAUCUAACAGGAAACUCGCUGAAAGACCUGGAUUUUCCUGCAGCAUUACCAAACUUGGAUUAUCUUCUUUUGGGUGACAACAAGUUAAAAUCAAUUUACAGUAUCAGGGAGUUAGGCAUGCACAGCAUCCAUGUGGACAUAACAGAAAACAGAUUAACGAACCUGGAGGAUGUUUAUGUUGUUUUAACACAUUUCAGUCGCCUCAAGAAUUUCUUCUUUGGUGGCAACUUCAUCAAGUGGUGCACUUUAAAUACGAAUAUUACAGUGCCUGAUAACAGUUUGGAAGUGCUUGAUCUCCAUGACAGUUCCCUGCAGGUCAUUUGGGCACAGGGGAAGUGUCUUGACCUAUUUGAUCUUCUAAAGAAUCUGCUUGCUCUAGAUUUAAGCUUCAAUUCACUUGCUGUUCUCCCUCAUGGUAUUUUCAGCGGUCUCAUCUCGAUCAUAGAAAUGGACUUGUCAUCUAAUGCCUUAACCUACCUUCAGUCAGACGUCUUCCCAGUCAGCCUACAAACUCUCUUCCUCUCAAACAACUUCCUAGCCUCCCCAGACCCUUUGAGUUUCCGAUCUCUCAGCUUUCUCAACCUGGCGGGAAAUCGGUUUCACUGUGACUGUAAUUUGGAGAGUUUCCUGAAGUGGCUGAAUGAGACAAAUGUUACCCACCUGAGCCAACUUCAUGAGUACACGUGUGAGUUUCCGGCUGCUCUCCGUAACCUUCAUCUGCUGGAUUAUUCUGUGAUCAUUGAACCAUGUGAGGAGGAUGAUGAAAAGCAAGUCCAAGAACUCAGGUUUGCUCUCUUCAUCUUCUCUGCCUUCCUCAUCACCACAGUCAUAUUGAGUGGGAUUGUGUACACCCAUCUCCGAGGGGACUUAUUCAUCAUCUACAAGAGGAUUGUUGGUAGGGUACUUCAGGGCCCAAAACCGAUACCUCCUGAGGAUGAGGUGAAGUAUGACGCGUUCCUCUGCUUUAGUGAUGGUGAUUAUGGAUGGGUGGAAUCUGCUCUUCUGAAGAGGCUGGAUAACCAGUUCUCUGAGGGAAACAUCCUCCACUGUUGUUUUGAGGCCAGAGACUUCCUGCCGGGUGAGGAUCAUCUGUCCAACAUCAGAGAUGCCAUCUGGGGUAGCAGGAGCACUGUUUGCAUUGUCUCCAAUAAGUUUCUCAGAGAUGGAUGGUGCUUGGAGGCGUUCUCUCUGGCCCAGAGCCGGAUGCUGGAGGAGCUGACGAAUGUCCUGAUCAUGUUGGUGGUAGGAGAGGUGACUCACUACCAUCUGAUGAAGUACAAUGCAGUCAGAGCGUUCGUCCAGAAGAGAGAGUAUUUCACCUGGCCAGAGGACCCUCAAGAUCUGGAGUGGUUUUAUGAGCGACUCGUCUCACAAAUACUCAAAAAGAAGAAGGAGAAAAAGACUGUAGAGCCUCCACAGCCUGACAUCCAACCUCAGGAUGAGGAAGGUGUCCCGCUGGACAACAUCCGAGAAGAUGCCAUGUGAACUAUAACUGUGUGUUUAAUAACACCCACUCUCAUCAAGAGGCGAUUUUCGACCAGAGGAACUUUACCCCGGAACUAGGGACUUUACCCCUGAACUACACGCGGGGUAGAUAAUCUCCCCCCUAAAUAGCCCCUGUUAGGGGGGUAGUACUUUUCAAAAAGCCCCAGGACUUUUGGGGGGCAGGGCCUGAAAUGCUGAACGUGUCUGAUUGGUAGAUUAACCGCAGGGUUUUUAUUCCGCCUGUCGUCCACAAUAACAUCACACACAUGUGAUUCACUUGAUUUAUCUUUCUUUACUUUGUUAUAUAUUUUUCGUAUGUAUGUGUACUUUUCACAAGAAGAAACUUUGAUUCACUUGA